GCGGCGGCGGCCGCGCCCCGCGCGCGCGCGGCACCUCCCCCGUGAGGGAGGCGAGAAAAUGGCGGCAGCGGCAGCGCCUUGAGCGGCGCGUCCCAGGCUGGACAAACGCUGCACAGCUAUGGAGAAUGAACCCAACACAACGACAUGUUCUGCACCCACCACGACCGUCACCACCACCUCCACUUCCCGCACGCCGCUGCCGCAGAUCUCCGUUUACAGCGGCUCUGACAGACAUGCUGUCCAGGUUAUUCAGCAGGCCUUGCAUCGUCCUCCUAGCUCAGCUGCUCAGUACCUCCAGCAGAUGUAUGCAGCCCAGCAGCAGCAUCUAAUGCUGCAGACUGCUGCUCUGCAGCAGCAGCACUUAAGCAGUACCCAAUUUCAGAGUCUGGCAACUGUUCCACAGGCAAGCCUGUCAGGUGGGAGGCAAUGUACUUCCCCCACUGGGAGUGUCACUCAGCAGUCAAGCAUGUCGCAGACCUCGAUUAACCUCUCCACCUCUCCUACACCUGCACAGAUAAUAAGCCGUUCUCAGACCUCCAACACCACCAGCAGCAGCAUCACCCAGCAGACGAUGUUGCUGGGCAGCACCUCUCCUACCCUGAGUGCCAGCCAGGCUCAAAUGUAUCUACGAGCUCAGAUGCUUAUUUUUACUCCUGCGACCACUGUGGCUGCUGUCCAGUCUGACAUUCCUGUUGUCUCCUCAUCCUCCUCAUCUUCCUGUCAGUCUGCAGCUACUCAGGUUCAGAACUUGACGUUGCGCAGUCAGAAGCUGGGUGUGUUGUCAAGUUCACAGAAUGGCCCACCAAAGAGCAGCAGUCAAACUCAGUCGCUGUGCCCCAGUAAGGCUGCCAGCAGCUCCAAGGGCAGCCAGCCAGAUCCCUCAGAAAGCAAUAGGAAAGGAGAGAGCCCCGCUCCAGAGAGCCGCAGCACGCCGGUCACACGGACGUCCAGCAUCCACCACUUAAUUACACCAGCUUCAUAUUCUCCAUUGCAACCUCAUUCUCUAGUAAAACAUCAGCAGAUCCCACUUCAUUCACCACCUCCAAAGAUUUCCCAUCAUCAGCUGAUCCUGCAGCAGCAGCAGCAAGUCCAGCCGAUUGCACUUCAGACUCCUCCGGGCCAGGAGCCGCCUCCAUCCCAGCACUGUCUGCCCCUCCCCAGCCAUGCGCUGCCUCCGGCCCCCAGCAGUGUCCAGUCCCACUGCUCCCCUAUCCACAUCCAUCCUCCGCCUCUCACGCUCUCUCCUACCCCGUCCCAGUCAGCUCAGCAAUCAGUGGUGGUGUCCCCUCCGCCAUCCCACUCCCCAAGUCAGUCACCCACCAUAAUUAUUCACCCUCAAGCCCUUAUCCAGUCCCAGGCCAGUUCCCUGGUGCCGGCGGCUCUGCAGCCCGAGCCGGCCGCUCCGCAGGCGGCUGCUGCCAACCCCGUGCGGCCAUCGCAGCCGCUCAGCCUCCCGCAGCACCUUCCCCUCCCGCCCUCGCCUGCCGUGCACAUCGGGGCCGUGGAGCCGCCCAGCUUGGUUUCCCCGGGCCAGCAGCUCGUGUCCUCCACGCCACACCAGCAGUACCCAGCCCUGCAAUCCGCUCCCAUCCCUCUGGCAGCUCCGCCUCAGCUCUCUGCAUCCUCAACCCAGAUUCAACCCCUGCCCCUGCAGUCUGUGCAGUCUUUACAGGUGCAGCCUGAAAUUCUGUCCCAGGGCCAGGUUUUGGUUCAAAACACUUUGGUUUCUGAGGAGGAACUUCCUGCUGCAGAGGCAUUGGUCCAGCUGCCAUUUCAAACUCUUCCACCACCACAGACCGUCGCAGUAAAUCUGCAGGUGCAGCCUUCAGUUCCGAUUGAAACUCCAGUGAUUUACCAAGUGGAGAAUGUGUGUGAAGAGGAGAUGCCCGAGGACUCAGAUUGUGUCCACAUGGCAAGAACACCUACACCACCCACCUUGUCCCCACCAGCCAUAACCUUGGGCAAUGGAGAGGCUCUUAAUUCAGAAGAUCCUAUGUCAGAACAUGGGGGACUGCCUUCAGUGACAUCAUCAGUCAGUGCCUCAGUAAUUAAAUCUCCAUCUGAUCCUUCCCAUGCCUCUAUUCCACCACCCCCUCUUUUGCUUCCAGCAGCAACAACAAGGAGCAACAGCACAUCCAUGCCCAAUAGCAUUCCCAGCCUAGAAAACAAACCUCCACAGGCUAUUGUUAAACCCCAGAUCCUGACCCAUGUCAUCGAAGGCUUUGUGAUUCAGGAGGGGUUAGAGCCAUUCCCUGUCAGUCGUUCAUCUUUGCUGGUGGAACAGCCUGCAGAGAAGAGAUUGCUGGUGGAGGGUCAGAUCAUGAGUGUGGUGUGUGUUGAAUCAGAUUUGCAGAACACAAAACAUGCAGACAACUCAUCAGACACAGAGAUAGAGGAUAUGAUUGCAGAAGAGGGACUGGAUGAAAUUGAAAAUGAUCUUCUAAAGUGUGAAUUUUGUGGAAAAAUGGGAUAUCCCAAUAAGUUUCUGCGGUCAAAAAGAUUCUGCUCCACGUCCUGUGCCAAAAGGCACAGCCUUAGUUGCACUAAGAAAUUUGGGCUGUUUCCAUCAGACAAGACCAGUCGUUGGAAUCGGAAGUCAGAUAGCCAAAGUCUUGGGCGACGCGGGCGUCGGCCGAGCGGCCCUGAGGGGGCAUCGCGAGAUCAUUUUCUUAGACAGCUUCCAAUUACUUAUCCAUCUGCAGAAGAAGAUCUGGCUCCUCAUGAAGACGCUGUUCCAACGGCCAUGACCACGCGCCUGCGGAGGCAGAGUGAGAGGGAGAGGGAACGGGAGCUUCGGGAGCUGAGGAUAAGGAAAAUGCCAGAGAGCAUCGACCUCUUACCAGUGGUGCAAACUGACCCCUCAGUAUGGACUGUCGAUGAAGUUUGGGCCUUUAUACAUUCUCUGCCUGGUUGUCAAGAUAUUGCAGAUGAAUUUAGAGCACAAGAAAUUGAUGGACAAGCUCUCCUUUUGUUGAAGGAGGAUCACCUUAUGAGUGCAAUGAAUAUUAAGCUUGGACCUGCAUUGAAAAUCUGUGCACGUAUCAAUUCCUUGAAAGAAUCCUAGGAGGUGAACGUGAAGGUUUAAACAACAGUUUCUCAGAGACAGAACCAACAGUAAUAUGCCAACAUCUUCACUGUGGCAUGAGUGUUACUGUGAUGUUUUGUUAAGUAGGUGGGACUCUCCCCACAUAAAGACUUUAAAAUGUUCCUUUGAUUACACCAGGAGUCCUCUGUAGUUUUCAACAACUAAUAAGUUUAUAGUAAAGCCUGAGUAAUGCUUUGAGUUGAAAUUUUUCAUGGAAAAACAUGAAGUGAAAUAUGCUGUGAUAGGUUAGAUAUUCCCCAACAUGUACUUCCAUCUUACGAGUUAUGAUUAACACCCCAGUCCCCACCCCAGUCUAGACACCAUUUAAAUUGUGUUGCUGUAUUCUGAAAGAUUUUUCCACAUACAGCAGUGUUUGGACUGAACUAACAGAAGUGUCCACAGGCCCUGUGGAAGCACUAGUACCAGUAAAAUGCUAUGCAUUUAGUUGUGCUCUCUGAGUUUGUUUUAGUCUUGAGCAAAUUGUUUGUAAGGGGUAGGUUGGCAGCUGGUUUUCCUCAUGUAGGCUUACCCUCAUCUCUGCCACUAUAGUAUUUUCUUGAAGUCUGUAAAAUACUAUAAACCAUGUAGAUGUCUCAUCAGAAUCCUCAUGAUCAGGCUACUGACACUCCUGCCAGAGGUAACUGAAGCACAUGUUACUUUACUCUUUGAAUGCUGCUAUGCACUAUGGGGGCAUUAAGUGUUAGAUUUGUAGUUUCACAUGCUGCUAGUUAAGCUAGACCAGCAGUUCUCAAAUGGGGGUUCAGAGUGGACCCUGAGGAAGAGUGUGAGCUCUCAGGGUUCAGGUUCCCAAAUGCCUGGGUAUGAGGGGCUGAAAACUGCAGCCAGGACCAGCUCAUAUUGAGACAAGUUGCUUUAGAGACUGGGGGUAGAGAAGGGAUAACAUAAUUCAGAUGUUCUUUUUCUUGAUACCUCUUCUAACAUGUCUUUCCCUGUAGUGCAUUCCCAUUGCCUCACUGGAAGCUUCCUAGCACCUUUUCCUUGUCCAGUGGCCAGUGUGAGCUGUCCUUGCAGUACUCUGAGGAAGGAGCAGUGAGGCCCCCUCAGAUCUUGUUCAGGAGCAGCUGCUGCUGCCACGAGGGUGCCUGGAGCUGCAGGUCAGCGGGAGGAAUGCCAACGCUGGCAACUCUGGGAGAAUGUCCUGGUUUAGGGCAAAUUUGGGAGAAAUACCCAGGGGCCCUGCUUUCUCCCUCUGGCAGGAGAUUUUGCCUUCGAUGCUGCAGACCCAGGUGGUGGGAUUUUAGUGUCCCUCUCCACCUUCCCUCUCUCACACUCUGUGGAACAAAUACAUUUCCUCAGUUACUGAUGCUCUUAGAAGCUGCCUGGGCUCUGAGGCAGCAGCACCUUCUUGGCCUUUGCUUCCCCACCACCUGUGCACGGUUGUUCAUGGAUGUAUUUUGUCCUUCUGUUCCCUCCCUUUUGCAGCUCCACUCCCCUUAUAUACAGACCUGGAUCCUUAAGCUCUUUUUUAGGGAAAGAAGGGUACGUGUGCUGAUAGUCAUUGUGUAUAUUUGAAUUAAAUAUGUGUAUGUGUCUGCAAAUAAUGUAUUUUUUUGUAUUUUAUGCAAAUUAAUGCAUAAUAUAUGAUUGUGUAGGGAGGUAUUCAGGGGGCUGUACAGUAUUCCUGAAGAGAAGAGGAACUGACCUAAAGUUUGAGAACUGCUGCCCUAGAUCAAAAGGAGUCAAUGCACAUACACUGGCUAAAAGGCAGGUUUGUGACAGACAGAUUAAUAUGUAUAUUAUUUAACUCAUGACCUUAAAGAGUAAAUUUUAAUUACAGAAAAAUCUGUGCUUCAUUUUCCUUUAAUUAGACUAUUGCUUUGUUUCCACUAACAGUCUUUCUGCCAUUGCCUUCUGGAGAUCAACAUUAGAAUCAUUGUUCUUAAUUACAACUGUUUGAGCUUGCUAAUAGCAGAUGUUAUUAAUGUUUUUAUUAACCACUGAAGCUGCAAGUUAGGACAACACAUUGCAGUUGCGCGCUGGUAUGUGGUGAGAGCCCUUACCCAAAUGGCACCAAAGCUUUAGAGGAUGAAUUGAUGCCUGGGUUUAUUUUGGAGGGAAGUUGCUAAGCACUUUCUAAUUAUUUUUUUUUUCUAUUUUUGGUUACUGUUGUAAAAUAAACUUCUUAGUUGAAGUUCCAAUGUUUGCUAAUGUUCAUUUGAAAGACAUUCAAAUGAUGGAGACAGUGGGUUCCCAUUUGUAGCAUUUCUGUAAGAUACACAGUGUAGCAUAUCUGUAACAUAUGUUCUAAAGGAUAUGUUCUGUUUUGAUGAGCUAACUGAAAACUAAAGAUAUCUUAGAUAUUUAUCCUUUGGCUUUUGUCUUAAAGUUUUAUUAUUUUUCUACAGAAAUCUCACUGGCUAAUUUUUAAUCUGUCUUCUGAUUGUACUGUUCUUAGGCAAUGUAAAAAGUAGGGAUACAUAAAUGUGGUUUGAUAAUGGCUUAAGGUGUACUAGAAAAUGUGGAGUUAGGGGUCUUGUUUAGACCUGUAGUUAAUCAGUGUUACAUGCAUGAGAAUUUCAUGGCUGCUUUAAUUUUGCUUUGUUAGACAGCUUUCAGGAGAGCUUCUCCAGCUAGUGUUUGUGUCCAGCUCAGCCAGAAUCACUGCCAGGUGCCAGGAGCUCAGAGCAGACCCCAGUCAGGCACAUCUGGUAUGUAACAUUCCCUGUGGGUUUGGGAGAGCCACAGAUAAUAAGUUAUGCUUUAAAUAUUCAUAAGUGCAACAGCUUAGAAUGUGGGCCUUAUGCAUAUUGAAAGUUUUUUUUCCCCUUCAGUGAUUUUGGCAAUUAACUGGAACUUAAAAGCAGACAUAGCUAUACCAUCCUCUACUGAUAGAAGUGCACUUGUACAGGAGUGUGUGCCAGUGUAGCUGUGUCAAUAAAAUCACUUUUUGUAAAAAAAUCACACUUGUAUGUGAAAGUAGGCUGGAAAAUUUCCAAGUGCAACUGAAGUCUGCUUGGGAAGCUUAUGAAUUUUCUCCAAAAAGCAAUAUAAUACUUAGAGUAAUAGUCCUCCAGAACUGUUUUAUGUACUGUCCACUUGCUGUUCAGAUAGGUGAGGCUUUCCCAGGCUUAUACUACCAUUUCCCAUGGCUUUCCCACGUGUUAGUACCCUGUACCCUCUUGCAAAAGAAGAAGUAUUAAAGAUUUGAAUUGUAUUUUAACACUUGUUCCCACUGGAUAUUCUACAAGAAAUCUUUUUUAUUCUCUUUAUUUCCUGGGAUUUUGCUUUUUAUAUUCAGACUUCUGGUGUUGCAGGCUACCCCUCACAGUAAUGUUUGCAGUAUUUCAGCUUCUGUAGGAAUAGGUCAGAAGGGAGAUACAUUCCAUGGCUUUUUCCCUUCCUUUUUGUCCACCACUCUCCAUCCUACCUACUCCUUAAUGCAAACUGCAGCAUUAGUUCAGGGCAAGGCCCUUUUGCAGAGCACUGGGCUGAAGGUAUCUGUCAAGAUUUCAUCCAAUAGAAUAGAACUUGUCUCAGCUUCAGGGCUUGUUUGGGGUUUUAAAGAAUUGCACAUGAAUGAUCAAAAGGGGUGUGCAGCCUUCCCUGAUCCAUCUGGCUUGUAUCAGCAUCCCUGCUUUGCAGCAGGAGCAGGGCACUCCCCUGAGGAAGCUUGGCUGCCUCCACUGACUUAAAGUGCCAGUUGUUUUGGCUAACCAUGGAGUGUCUGAAGAGGGUCUUAAACAGGCUGCAUUGUAAAUCCAUUCUUUACCCAUUAACCCAUCAUCUUUUUUCCAGAAAUGAAGUUCUUGAUGGAGGGUAAAGCCUUUGCUAGAUUUUUGUCAAUGAGACAUUUCAAAUACAAGAUUUAAGUCCUGCAAGCAUCCAUUUCCCCAUUUUUUUCCUGUGAAAGCAGGUAUUUACCCCCUGACUUCCACCUGUGCUUUGUCCAAAAAGCAAUCCAGCCUUUUGGAUAGAACAGAUUGAAUUCAUUUGUAACUGCAGAUAUGGCAGGAAGAGGAAAGGAUUAAAGGGUAAAACCAACUGUUUGGGCAGAUCUGCGAUAGUUUUUGCAUUAUUUCUUGAAGUGGAAGGAAAUAUUCAGGUACAAAACCACUGAGGUGUAAUCUGAAUGGAAGUUCACUGUGAGACUGGGCUGGGUGUGGUGUGUCACUGCCUGGCAUGGCAGCUACAACUAAUGCCAGUUUCAGAUGGAUAUUGUCAUUCUAACAUCACAAUAUCCAUGCAGAAACUUCCACCUCAAGAGCUCGACAGAUUUCUUGCACAGUGACAAAUCUACAGCUCUGAGUGAUCAGAGAAUGCAGUGACAGUUGUGUUGAGUCCUGGUUUUGCAAUUAAUUAGACAUCCCCAUAAUUUAUGACAUGAGUAGUUCUGAUUGUUCUAGACUGAGACUGCUCAUAUUAAAACUCAGCAUGUAUAAAAGCUUGCAGGGUUAUUUUAUCACCAGUUUUGUAUAGAGAUAUCCUGUUAGCAUAUACUUAGAAAUAUAUUUGUCAUCAUUAACCAGGUAUUUCCUCGUUGAUUGUUCUAGGCUGCAGAUAAUGACUGUGCAAAACAAUCAAUGUAGGGUAGUUUUUAAAUAUGCACCUGAAUUAGUUUAUUAGAGAUGGAGAGAAGCUGAUAUUUUAGAGUAUUUUGUUUUAAAUACCCUGUUCCUAUUCAAUGCUGAGUUGAACAGGUAUGAGCAGAGCUAUCAAUGAAUAAUUUCAGUGUAAAGUGUUAAUUGCUCAUAGUGAAUUAAUUUUCAAGUCACUCUUGCAUAGUGAGCUGUAGUUUCAGACAGGAAAUGCUGUAAGAAGAAAGAAAUUUUAAAUUCAUUUAAUGCUUAGUUCAUUUAAGAUGAGCCUAAAAUAAAUUAAUUUUAAAAGAAUUUGCCUUCAGUCAUGAGAGGUUAUUUAGACCUGAAAGGUUCUAUGUAGUUACAUACCUGGAUGGCUUUGCAAAUAGUGACAUUUGAAAAAGAGACAGUAGUGAUGCUCCAGUGCCAGCCCAGUGUGGGCUUUUCAGGAAGCUGUCCCUGGUCUGAGCUGAUGGAGUCCGGGACAUAGACUGAGCACCAAGGCAGUGAGCACACAGUACCCUAAUCCAUGAGCAUCAGCCUGGUUUGUUUUUACCAUCUUCAUCUCUUGGGAAAUCUGAUAUUUCCUUCCCCACUUCUGAAAGGGGCAUUUUGCUCUCUUGGAUGUCAGCUCUGGAGGCUGGGGAGUUUUGGGUCCUGCCUUAUCCCCUGUCUCUCAAGGUCAUUACUUCCACAUGUGCUCCAGGCCCCAUCCUAAGCUGCUGUGUAGGUUUGUGUAACCCCUGCAUUAAAGCACACACCUGCUCAUUCACUUGAAAGUUGCAUAGUAUUUUCUAAUCUCUUUACAGCAAAGUGGAAUUGAAAAGGCAAAGUUCAGAGAUAUGAAUAUGCUGGUAAUUGCAGGUAUGGAGUAAGCUCAUAGUCCAGCUUUUGUAGCCAUGGAUUUAACUUUUCUGACGCACAGUUCUGGGAGCCAGUGUAAUGAACAGAUUUCAAGUUAAAAUUUUUUACAUUUCCAGCAGGUAUUCCUGUUAAAUUAUUCAAAUGACUCUGUAGAGCUAGAAAAACAAGAUUUUAAAAGAUUUUUUUCCAUCUAGAAGUAAUUGUAACUUGAGCACAAUUGUGCAUUCAUAGAAUUCUGAUCAUAAACACUGUUUAAGUGCAAUACAUAACACUGAAGGAGCAUUCUAAUUGUGUUUAUGAAGCACUGCUUGGGUACAUGGGGUUGUUGACAGGCUUGUGGUGUUGUUGCUAGGUAAUAAUCAGGGUAUCUGUGCUGAUUAUGGGAUUAGGCUUGAAGCACAAAAGUCUUUGAUUCAUGAGGUAGAUCUGCUUCGUGAGUGAAGCCUGGGCACCCUGUGGAAGGCUUGUGGUGUCCUCCACUACCCAGCCAGGAUGCUUCCAUCCAAAAGCAAAUUUGCUUUUUGCAAAUUCAGUUUUGGAAAGAACAAUGAGGGAUUCUGCACACCCAACUUCCUUUCCAAGUAGUCCUUGUGUUAUAGAAUAAACAAGUCAGUACUAACCAGGAAAGAUGUGUGUAAAGAUGAAGGGUUUUAUCACUGAGUGCCAAAUACUCUGUUCGGAGUUGAAAACACAUAGAAUAUCUCAUUAAAAUCAGUGUUGGUUUGUAAGAGGUUCUUUAAAUGGAAAAAGUACAGAAGUCUCCCAUAAAUGUUUAACACUCUAGCUGCUGUUAGCAUUAAUAUCAAUACUGUAAGGUAUUUGAAUGGUGUAAAGCCAUUAGUUGCUGGCACAGCACAGGUGAUGUACAGAGGAGAUGUAGCAGUGGUUAUCUUUAAUUUAAGAUAUUUCCACCUUCCUGGCACAGCUGUCCUCUCUGGUAGUGAAACUGUCACCCUGUUCUAGAGAGGGAUGGUCCAGGCACCAGUGUUGGGACUGCCCAGAAGCACCAGGUUAAAAAAAAAUGCAGAGGAAAAGACAAAUUGCUAGGAAGGCAGUAGGAUGGAGAUCACUGCACAGCUGGUGAAUCCCUCCAUGAAUGCCAAGGAUAAAAUUGGGCUUGCAGAGAGGGUUGCCAUUAAUAUAUAACCCCAUUAAUUUAAAACAGUCCCAUGGCAGGCUCUGGCACCAUGGUUGGAUGUUGCUGGAGACCUGCCAUGCCACUGUUGCCUCCUCAAUGGAGGUGACAGCCUAAAAGUUGAUGCUCUUUGGCACAUUUCCACAAAAAGCAAGAAAGAAUAAAUUUGACAAGUAAUACAGUUAGUAACAUCAAUCCAUUAAUAUUUGCUUUGGCUGCAUGUUGUGUGUUCCAUGUAAAAAAUGUUAAAAACUUCAAGUGGCUUUAGGAGCACUGCAGCAGCUACAGGAAUUCUGGCACGUUAGGGCAGAUGGGGUUGUGUAAACUUUAAUUAGGCCUUGGGAAGCUGAACCAGACUGAUAAAUAAAACAUGUCAGCAGCCUCACCCAACUGGUUGCAGUUCCAGUUCUGUGCAUGUUAGUGAUUCAGAAGGGUGAGACUUACCAUGCAAAACACACCUGAAAUGAACUUGAAAAUAGCUUUUCCUUUAUCUGGUGUUGGAUGAACUUUAAAAGAGGAAUUUCCCCCUGCCUGCUGAGUCUGUAGGAAUUAGUUAUUUCAUGAUUCUGAAAUGCCUGGUGCAUUCCUAUAGUUGAUGUAUUUGCUGAUUUUUAAAUGGAAUUAGGUUUUGUAAAUAUUUUUUCAGCCCCAUUUCAGUGGGUGUCCAGUUUCUAUAAAACCUGAAGAAAUGCUGUGUCAAACCCUUGUGUUUAGCCAUGGUUUAUCCUAUAGCAUCUCCAGCACUAACUAACAGCAAUUACAGUUUGAGGGAGCAGGGAGAGAUUGCUUAGGGUUAUUUUUCCAGUUAACAUUGCAUGUCUUUUCCUACUUUUAAAAUGGAAAUAGAAUUUACUCCGAGUACAUUUUCCAGCAUAAAAAAAGAAAUAAUUUGUGGUGCCAAACACUUCAAACUAUAUUGCUAAGCAUUGCCUCCUCUUAUUGCACUAGUUUUAAAAUUCAGUUUUCAAUCAUUUACUGUCCUUUUGAUGGCCUUUUAACCAGGUUUUCCCCCAAAACCAUUUUCUACUGCUGAAAAAUGCUUGUCCCCUUUUGAUUACAUCACAGAAACCUCAAAGAAAUUUACCACAGAUUGUGGGUGAAAGAAGCACUAUGUGGGGUGAAGUAAUAAAUCAAAAUAAGCAGAUUUGGUAUGUUUCAGAAAUCAAAGAUUAAUUUAUGAUCAAGAUGUUAUUGUGUAUUCUUAUGGAGUGAAAUACUGGAAUAUUCUUUUAUAAGAAAAUCUAACCCAUGUAGUAUUAAAUUCUGCAAUGAAAUCUAUCUCUAUAAUUGAUAUAUAAUUAAAUAAAUUAUUAUCCAAAAUUUAAAUUUUACAGUUGAAGAGCACACAAUGAGCUAUGUAAAAGUAUGAUCUUCACUUUGUGAAUCAUUUUUUAAGAAGCACUUUCCUAUUACCAACUAGCAUGUGAAUGAAUUUUAGAUUCUCUCAUUUAUGAUCUGUAAAAGUGACAUUUCUUCAAUCUGUUAAUGGGUGAAUCCAUCCUACAAAUGCUGAAACAAAGCACCUUAUACUAUGCUGCUUAAACUUGCUUGUAAUUGCACCUUUUGUUAUCUUCAGAGUUUUCUUAAUGAGUAUUCUUGUGUGAAAUCAUUGUUCCCUGUGGGUCUGGGGGACAGGUAAGCAACCUACAGCAUCAUUUACUUAGUUUCUCUUUCAAUACAACAUUGUAUUGUGAGUUUAGUGCUUCAGAAAUAAAUGCUAAUUUCAUUUGUC